UAAAUACAAAUCGAGUUGUUAAAAGAUUAAUAUAUCAAUAUUAGAUGUUCACAAAUCAUCAUGCCCGCUAUAGCAGCUGCCGACACUACACAUAAGAAAGAUAAAACUCUGGAAUCCAAAAAAUCGUGGAAAGCUAUCAAUGCGGAGCGAAAAGUGAUUAAACAACAGCGCAAGCAAGAAAAACUAUUAAAGGAGCUGCAGAAGGCAGAAGAAGCCAAGAAGUCAGAAGAUCUGAAUGUCGCGAAAAAGUCCAAAACUAUACCUAAUCCAUCUACGGUGAGCAUAGCAGUUCCUGGAUCCAUACUCGAGAAUGCACAGUCUCCUGAGCUGCGCUCAUAUGUGGCCGGACAAAUUGCUCGAGCAGCCUGCAUUUUUCGUGUCAACGAGGUAAUCGUUUUUGACGAUGUGGGUGUGGCAACGGCACGGGAGACAAAACGCAGCUACGACGAGGAUAAUGUCAACGGUACAGUACGGAGAAGCUCGCUUCAAUUGGCGCGUAUAUUGCAGUAUCUUGAGUGUCCGCAGUAUCUGCGUAAGUUUUUCUUUCCGCUACACAACGAUCUGAAGUUCUCGGGCCUCUUGAAUCCUCUGGACACACCACACCACCUCCGGCAGCAAAGCAAAUUUCAAUAUCGCGAGGGUGUUAUUAGUGAAAAACAGGCAAAGGAGGGCCACAGCUAUGUAAAUGUAGGCUUGUUAAAUGAUGUGCUUGUGGAUAAGGCCAUCGAAGCGGGCGUGCGAGUUACUGUCAAAAUGAGUGCUCCUAGUGAGCAAACAAAGAAACUUCGUGGCACUUUGGUCAGUCCGGACGAGCCACGACGCGAGACUGGUGUCUACUGGGGCUAUCAGGUACGAAUAGCACACUCCCUUUCGGAAAUAUUUACCAAAUCACCAUAUGAAGGCGGUUACGAUUUGACACUGGGAACAUCCGAUCGGGGUGCUAACGUGCACCAGAUUCCUAGCAAAUCCCUUCAGUACAACCACAUGCUCAUUGUAUUUGGCGGUCUGCAGGGUCUUGAAGCAGCUCUUAUUGCUGAUGAGAAAUUGAAAGUUGACGAUCCUGAAUUAUUAUUCGAUCAUUAUGUAAAUGUUUUGCCCAAGCAAGGGUCACGCACCAUUCGUACAGAGGAGGCGUUGCUCAUAGCCUUAGCGGCGCUGCAAGAUAAACUCCAGCCCGAGAACGCCGAUCUGGAAACUGAUUUAAUAGAUUUGCUGCCACGCAGUGAAGACACGGGUAUUGCGAUGACACGCGAUAAUUUAGUAAGCCACAAGAAAAAGAAUCGAAGAAUAGUGGAAACCAUCGAGGCCGUCGAUGCCGUUGAAAAAACGGAACGUCGACCAAAUCCGUUUGCGCAGAAGACAGCUGAAGAUGUAACCGAUAAGGAUAUAACUGAAGAUGAUUUCGAAAUAGUUUCUACUGCUCACGAUGUGACCCAUAAGAAGGCCAACAGUAUUGGCGGGGACCUUAGUCGAUUUGAAUAAAAAACUUGCAAUUUA